AUGUCCGUCCAACUCAACCCGAGCAACCAGCUCGGCUUCAAUCGCCCGCUUACUCAGAUCGUUCGCCGCACGCUGACAGUCACCAACCACAAUGACCAGCCUGUUGCAUUCAAAGUCAAGACUACCGCUCCAAAACUCUACUGCGUUCGUCCAAACUCUGGCGUCAUCGAACCAGGAGAUACCGUCGAUGUUGCAGUGCUAUUACAGGCUAUGCGCGAGGACCCACCGCUAUCAACGAAAUGCAAAGACAAGUUCUUAGUGCAGAGUAUGGUCAUUCCCCAGGAUCGGUUGAAUCGCACUCCACAAGAGAUGUGGCAAUUCGAUGAGGAUGAAAAACAGCCUCAAAUCCACCAGCAAAAGAUCAAAGUCGUGUAUCUCCCAGCAGAGAGCGAGGUGCUCACUGAGGAGGAGAUUGGCCAUGCUAGCAUGAUGACAGAGGGCGAAUCGCGCUUCACACAAUAUCAAGACGCGGAUCGAUCCUCUCGCUCUCCGCCCCCGCCCGUCCCAAUUGUACCUAGAUCUGACUCUGAACAAACCCCACCUCCUCCCCGUGCCUUCCCUGUCUCAGCCCCUGCUCCAGCCCCUGCUCCCGCAGCACCCGCACCCGCACCAGCCCCCGUCCCAGCCCCGGCCCGUACUGCACCUUCCCCAGUGCCUGCUCCCGCACCAAGACCUUAUGUUCCUUCACCAACUCCUUCUCCACCUCCAAGGGAACACCGGCCUUUGAGCCCUGGUCGAGAUUGGACAGAAGCCGAGGAGGUCAUUACCCAUCACGAGACUAUCGAACCUCUCAGGGAAGAAAAACCACCCACUCCUCAAGUGGUCAAUAUCAACGUUGUUACCCCCAGCCAACCCCCUACACCCGGACCUGCUCCCGCCCAAGAAACUGCCAAUAAUGCCGCACAAGAUGCUGCUUUUGCAGAGCUCAGCCAACGAUACUCUGAGGCCCAGAUCGAAAUUAACCGUCUUAGAGGAUUGCUUGCUUCUAUUCCCCCUGCAGGGACACUACGAAGGCGAAGUGGUGGUGGAAAGGUGCAGUCUGAAGAUGGCAGCACCGUGCUUGGCGAUGAUGUCAGCGAGGACUUUAUCAUUGAGCAGGAAGGGUCCGGAGAACAAUUGGUGGUGCAAUCCGAGGGAGUACCGCUGCAGCUGGUUGUGUUGAUUGCGUUGGUGGGUUUAGUUUGGUAUUUUCGAGAUAACAUAUUUGUGGACUGA